AUGGGAGGCCCCUACGCCCCUCGUGUCGCCUUGCUCGGUGGCCGACCGACAGUCGACGUCGAUGUCCCGGUCUGCGCAGUCUUCCUCGCUCUCUUCCUCAGUUUUGGAAUCUCGCACAUGGUCAUAUUCCGCCGCAAUCUGGCCAGGGGUCACAAGUUCAUCCCAUCCGCCGUAACAUUCGGAUUCUGCAUGUCGCGAGUCGUCGCCAAUAUCAUGCGCAUAGCUUGGGCCUGUCGACCAAAUAACGUUCGAAUCGCAAUUGCCGCCCAGAUCUUCGUCGCCGCAGGAAUCCUACUCCUCUUCAUUCUGAACCUCCUCUACUCGCAACGGAUGCUCCGUGCAGCUCUCCCACGCCUCGGCUGGUCGCGAGCCGUCUCAUACGCUUUCAAGGUGUUCUACGUUCUGGUCGUCUUGACUAUCAUCAUGGUUAUUACCUGUGUGGUUCAGAGCCAAUACACUCUCAAUGCAAACACUCUCCGCAUCGACCGUGACAUUCAGCUGUACGGCGUAACCUAUUUUGCGAUCGUCUCCUUCCUUCCGAUCCCCAUCACACUUCUAGUUCUGUUAUUCUCCCACGGCCAGGACAUUGAACAUCCUGGCUCUGGGAAAUGGUCCACAAAAGCCGUCAUUGUCCUCUCCGCUGCCGUCCUCUUGUGUCUAGGCUCCUCGUUCCGCGCUGGAACUUCCUGGAUGCCUCCUCAUCUAGCGACCAAUCCACCCUGGUACGACCACAAAGCUUGCUUCUACGUCUUUAACUUCGGAAUCGACAUCUCGGUUGUUGCCUUGUUCUUGAUUGCCCGCGUUGAUCGACGGUUCUGGGUGCCGAAUGGUAGCUCGGCUGUCCGCCACUACCGCGGCUCAGAAGAUGAGCCUAAAGGUGCACAGUUUGGUCAGGGUGCUGGUAACCACGACCUCGAGGGCAGUGAUGGUGCCUUGUCUGGUUACCCGGCCCCUGUGAAAAUCGAAGCAUAA